AGUGAAUUUACUAACAAAAGAGAACAUUUACUUGAAGGCUGCAAGAGAUGAGACAGAGGACAACUAUGGAUUGCUACAGAAAAAAUGUGCUGAUGCUGAUAAACGAGAACAUGAAGCUGCAAUGCAGGUGAAAGACAGUAUUCAAUUAGUGGAGAACAUGGUACUGGAAAAAGACCAGGCUGUUGUUCGCGAGCAACAGUGUCGUGAAAAACUGGAACGUUUACAAGAAUAUCUGACUCGACUCAUAAAUGAGGCAGGAAAGCGCACAAGACAAGAGGUAGACAAUGUUCGUAAACAGUGCAACAUAAAUAUUUCAAAGUUGAUGGAAGAACUUCAGGCCCUAGAAACAGUAAGUGAAAGCAUAUGUU